AUGACGUGCAGGGAUUCGCCCGACGUUAGUGGGGGCCGCUCCUCAGGAAUUUGGCCCGCAUUGCAAGUGAUCGACAAAUCUGGAGAAAGUUUGUUGCCUUCACUCCCACUGGACAGGACGCAUCUUACUUCGUUGCGCCCGCCUUAUUUCUUGUACAUACUCCUAAGACCCAAAAGUAGGUAUUCCCAAUCGACGACAUCACCACUCUCUGCUAACGCCAUGCCAGUGGAUGAGGAAAUCGAUCUUUACGAGGUCCUCGAGAUCGAGAAGGGCGCGAGCAAGAUCGAGAUCAAGAAAGCAUACCACAAGGCCGCGUUAGCACAUCACCCCGACAAGGUCGCAGAAGAAGACCGUGCAGAAGCCGAGGUGCGCUUCAAGGCCGCGAAACAAGCCUACGAAAUCCUCUCCGACGAUGAUAAGCGACAUCUGUAUGAUACCCACGGCAUGUCUGCCUUUGACCCCUCCAAGGGCGGCAUGGGCGGCGAGGGGCCCGACAUCGACGACAUCUUUGCGCAGAUGUUCGGCGGCAUGGGCGGAUUCGGCGGAAUGCCAGGUAUGGGUGGCAUGGGCGGCAUGCCUGGUGGACGAAACGUGCCACGGAAGGGACGCUCAGUAGAGCAGGAGUACGAGGUCAGCUUGGAAGAGCUGUACAAGGGCAAGACGACAAAGUUCUCAAACACAAAGAACAUCAUCUGUAACCUGUGCGAAGGCAGCGGUGGAAAGAAGGGCGCAAAGGCGAAUUCUUGUGCUUCCUGUGGCGGGCGGGGUGCAAAGCAAGUCCUCCGCCAGGUCGGUCCUGGCCUCGUCACCCAGGAAACUGUUCCUUGCGGUAACUGUCAAGGCUCUGGCCAAGUCAUCCCAGAGAAGCAGCGUUGUAAGAAGUGCAAGGGCAAGAAGGUCGUCGAGACCAAGAACGUGCUAGAACUCUACAUUCCCCGCGGUGCGCGACAAGGCGAGCGCAUUGUACUUGCAGGAGAGGCAGAUCAACUACCCGACCAGGAGCCAGGCGAUAUCAUUUUCACGCUCACCGAGACGCCACACGAUGUCUUCGAACGCGCAGGCGCUGAUCUGAGGGCCGAGUUGAAGGUUAGCUUAGUGGAGGCACUAACAGGCUUCGACCGCGUGGUCAUCACUCAUCUCGAUGGACGUGGUCUUAAGCUCAACGUGCAACAACCAAACGGCAACGUCUUGCGACCAGGACAGAUCCUCAAGAUCGAAGGAGAGGGUAUGCCCAUGAAGCGCAGCGACGCGAGGGGCGAUCUCUACCUAGUAGUUGAUGUUGAGUUCCCAGAGGAUGGAUGGUUGAAGAACGACGCCGCAGUACAGAAGCUCCGUGACGCACUACCCAAGGACGAAAAGAGCGAGGAGAAGCAUGAAGAAGAGGAGGAAGUAGACGUUGAGUGGGAUGCAGACAUGGAAGAGUACGGCGCUGGUAGCGGUGACCCACGUGCUGGAGGCGCCGAGUGGGAAGACGAUGAUGAGGAGGCAGAGGGCCCUCAGUGUGCGACACAUUCUCAGUUCACACCUACGCAUUCCCCAAGUGUUUUUGGCGCCCACUGGACCGAUCCCGCAGCUCCUUCAUUCAAUCACCGCAAACCUUUCCGUCGUUACUCCGAAAACAACUUCGUCAAAAGGUAUCCUUUUACACAGCCGAUUCGCAUUGAUGCUGAUCCUGCGGUUCAUGGGCAUACCUUCAAAUGCGACUUCAACAUCGACCGUCACAUACAAUGCUACGACCCAAAACGGCCGAUCAUCGACCAACCUAAGAGCUAUCAUGCUUUGUCGUCUGGACAUCUGCUGCCCGGGAAGAUGGCUCAUGGGAUUUGGUUCUCAUAG